UGUUUGGAUAUCAACGCAUCGGUGAAAGGCGCCCGUUUCGUACGCUUCUGUGAUGCAUUCAACAUACCAAUAAUCACUCUUGAAGAUGUGCCCGGCUUCUUGCCUGGAACCUCUCAGGAAUACGGAGGUAUCAUCCGUCACGGUGCUAAGCUUAUCUAUGCAUAUGCAGAGGCUACAGUGCCAAAGAUCACCGUUAUCACAAGAAAGGCAUAUGGUGGUGCAUACUGUGUGAUGUCAUCCAAACAUCUUCGUGGUGAUAUCAAUUAUGCAUGGCCAACAGCCGAAGUGGCUGUCAUGGGUGCUAAGGGUGCAGUGAAGAUCUUGUUCCGUCACGACCAGGAGAACGUAGCAAAACACGAAGAAGAGUACAUUGACUUGUUCGGUAAUCCGUUCCCAGCAGCUGUUAGAGGUUUCGUCGAUGAUAUCAUUGAGCCACACACGACUCGUAAGCGCAUCUGCCUUGACUUGAACUUACUCGAGUCGAAGAAAAUGUCGAAUCCUUGGAAGAAACACGCUAAUAUGCCGUUGUAA